AUGGUUACUGCUAUCACCUCUGCCAGCGAGUUUGAAAAGGUUAUUGCUGUCGACAAAUUGGUCGUCGUCGACUUCUUCGCCGUCUGGUGUGGUCCUUGUAAGAUGAUCUCUCCAAUGGUGGAAAAGUUCGCCACUGAAUACACACAGGCUGAUUUCUACAAGGUCGAUGUUGACGAAUUGCCUGAGGUCGCCAAGAAGAACGAAGUCUCCUCUAUGCCAACUUUCAUUUUGUUCAAGGGUGGCAAGCCUGUGGCCAAGGUGGUCGGUGCUAACCCAGCAGCUGUCAAGCAAGCCAUUGCUUCCAACGUUUAA